GGCGAGGGAAUGUGUGGAGAGGGGGGUGGAGGGCAACUUCCGUCUUGGGAUCCGCAGAGAAACAUCUGAGGCUGCAGACUGGGGAAAUGGCUCUCCCUUCCAAAGGCAAAGCACGAGUUUUGGGAAGUGUGGUCCCGGGUUCGGGUUUUUGACCCUUUUCCAGUUAUCUGACUUCCUUUCGAGUGAGUCGCCAACCUCUCUUAGCCUUGGGUUCCACACCAGAAAAACAGUGACACCCUUGCCUGUCUCACAGCGCUUGGUAGGUAAGGUAAGGUGUGAGGAAGAGAUUCAUAAACUGCUAGUUUUCGCGCAGAUCUCAUUUGUUUGUAAUUAGUAUUCCGAACUUACGCUAGAUAAAGUGACUUUUCUGGGGUUAGAUUCCCAGGUAACUUAUCAGCCAUGUUUGGAAGGUGAGAAGAUGGAAUGCUGGGAAGUCAUAGACCAUUGGAGGGGUGACCUAAGUGGCCAUCAAAUACGUCUUUCUGCAAGAUGCGUUAUCACUUCUCUAUUAACAGCAUGCAUUGCAAACAUCCAACUUCCCUUUGAAUAUCUCCAGUUAUGGGAAGCUUAAUACCUCAUGUAUCAUCCCUGUAAUUUCCCUUUGCCGAUAGCUCUAAUUAAGAAGUCCUUGUAUAUGUGAGAUGCUUGCAAUUUCUACUCCUUAGUUCUCACUUUGUUUCUGAACCUUCAGAGAAUCAAAGGUAAUCAACUAAAAGUACAAUACUGUUCAAAUAUUGAAAUGAUGAAAGGCAGUAGCAAGGAUUGGAAUAAUUUGGGUUUACAAACUCCGAUAACGAUAUUAUGCAAGCUUUUGAUUUUUGAUGUUCACAGUAAAUACAAAUAAAUGCUUACAUCGGAGGAUCAAAAUGUUCCAUUUAGUUACUAUAUGCUGUGUUACCAUACUUAUCAAACCAACAUGGUGAGGACGUUGAAAUAGCGUAGAUGUUAGUAAUUACUAAGUCACUUCUAGUUACUUCAGGAUACUAAAGUGGAUCACCAGAUUUCCUAAAAUGAAUGAAUCUGUUGAAGAGCCAGGGACUGGUUUGUUCUUCAAUGGCAGACAUGCAGAACUUAAACUAAUAUAACAUUUGAUUACAGCGAGUUCCACAGAAAACAGAGAUGACAUAAAAGCAGUCUCCAACUUGUCAAGUUUUAUUUCCGAAAGUCCAUUUAUCGGUCAAUUCUUUAGUUUUCAAUAUAUAUUUUUCUAUAGAAACGAUAUAAAUGGAGGGUAAGGUCUUAUUUGUGGUCCUUAUCACAAAAAUUAAUCUUUGCCUCAGCCAAUGACAGAGGAUUUGUUUUGUCCUUAAUAUCUUGACAUUUAGGAUUGCUUUGAUCCCUCAUUUAUGGAAGAGGGAAGCUGAGAGAGUGGAGUGGGGAGGGAGAUUCCAUUGGGGAGGAUGGAUGUGUGAGUGUGAUGGGGAUUUCAGGCCAGGCCCUUCUGCGGGUCAUUCUGUGCAGUGGUGAAAACAGCGUUAGGAAGACAAGUCAAGGGGUAAUAUUUUAUGUGAUGGGCUAUUGAAGGUCGUUAAAAACUUGGGGAUAAAGUCAGUUAAAACUAAAGGAAAAGGUAGCAUCAAAGCCCAGAAGAGGUGAAAUACUGAAAAUUUCUUGUUAAUAUGUUUCUAUAGCUUCUGCCUGUUGACCCUAAUUAUUCUCAUGGGUAUGGGACAAGCUUAGGUUAUUUUCCACACACAACUCCCCUUCAUGAUGAUUGAAAUUGUCUUUGCAUUUUUCUUUUUAAUGUUAAAUGCCUCUAUUUUUGGUGUCAGUCUCCCCUUCACCAUCCUAGACAUUGCCCUGCAGACAUCCUUUAGUUGUUUGUUUCUUUUAAAGUAGCCUUCAUAAAGAGUGUAGUAUUUCAAUAAAGUAAAGCAUCUAUACUUUAAUCUCUAAACUAAACUACUUAAGUUCUUUUCCCCAUUCAUUAUGUAUAUAUAGUUGAGAGAACUGAGGAGAAUGCAGUUCACUAACACUAACUUGCCCACAGCAUACUGCUAGAAAGCCAACCACUCUGAUUCCUCUUAUCCAGUGGAAAUAAUUUGUCCUAUUUAUUAAAUGACUGAGUAAAUAUUUCCUUUGUUUCAUUUAAUAGUUGAGAUCAUAUUGUAUGUUUAAUUUUGUGUCUUCCCUUUUUUUGAAUUAUGAAUCAUGAGCAUUUACCUGUUUAUAAAUAAAUUGCAUUUGAAAACUUUUGAUUAUGGGAACAUUCAAAUAUACACAAAGGCAGAGAGAGAUAACACAGUGAAUCGCUAUGUAUCCAUCUCUCAGAAACAAUAAUCAGUUGUGACUAAUCUUAUUUCAUCUAUACCCCUAUACACUUUUCAUAAUUCUCUAGUCCUGUCCUGUGACACAUCUAUAAUGCAUUUUUGUUUUUCAAAAAUAGUAAAAAGGUGUUUAUUUUUAUUGGUUCCAAAUUUGUCUAUAAAUCACAUUUUUUCUUGGAGGUGGGAAAAGAAUUCCUUGAAGAUGUUGUAAAAUGUUUUCAUCCAACAAUUAUUGAAAAAUCUACAAAGAAUAAGAUAACUUGCAUUCUGAUUUUUUAAUUUUUUUAUGUUUACUUCCCUCUUCUUUAAUUUUCAAAUUUAAUGGGAUACAUUUGGUGACAAAUGUCUUUAGACACAACCUAAUGAUUUUUACAGGCUGUUGAAUAAUAUAAUACAUUUUAAGACAAAGAAAUGGAUGAAGAACCUGAAAGAACUAAGCGAUGGGAAGGAGGCUAUGAAAGAACAUGGGAAAUUUUAAAAGAAGAUGAAUCUGGAUCACUUAAAGCUACAAUAGAAGACAUUCUCUUCAAGGCAAAGAGAAAAAGAGUAUUUGAACACCAUGGACAAGUUCGACUUGGAAUGAUGCGGCACCUUUAUGUGGUAGUAGAUGGAUCAAGAACAAUGGAAGACCAAGAUUUAAAGCCUAAUAGAUUGACAUGUACUUUAAAGUUGUUGGAAUACUUUGUAGAGGAAUACUUUGAUCAAAACCCUAUUAGUCAGAUUGGAAUAAUUAUAACUAAGAGUAAAAGAGCUGAAAAACUGACUGAACUCUCAGGAAACCCAAGAAAACACAUAACAUGUUUAAAGAAAGCAGUAGAUAUGACCUGUCAUGGAGAACCAUCUCUUUAUAAUUCCUUAAGCAUGGCUAUGCAAACUCUAAAACACAUGCCAGGACAUACAAGUAGAGAAGUCCUAAUCAUCUUUAGCAGCCUUACAACUUGUGAUCCAUCAAAUAUCUAUGAUCUAAUCAAGACUCUAAAGGCAGCAAAAAUUAGAGUAUCUGUUAUUGGACUGUCUGCAGAGGUUCGGGUUUGCACUGUACUUGCUCGUGAAACUGGUGGUACAUACCAUGUUAUUUUAGAUGAAAGCCAUUACAAAGAAUUGCUAACACAUCAUGUUAGUCCUCCUCCUGCCAGCUCAAGUUCAGAAUGCUCGCUUAUUCGGAUGGGAUUUCCUCAGCACACCAUUGCUUCUCUAUCUGAUCAAGAUGCAAAACCUUCUUUCAGCAUGGCGCAUUUGGAUAGCAAUACUGAGCCAGGACUUACAUUAGGAGGCUAUUUCUGUCCACAAUGCCGGGCAAAGUACUGUGAGCUUCCUGUGGAAUGUAAAAUCUGUGGUCUUACCUUGGUGUCUGCUCCUCAUUUGGCACGGUCUUACCAUCAUUUAUUUCCUUUGGAUGCUUUUCAAGAAAUUCCUCUGGAAGAACAUAAUGGAGAAAGAUUUUGUUAUGGAUGUCAGGGGGAAUUGAAAGACCAACAUGUCUAUGUUUGCACUGUGUGCCAAAAUGUUUUCUGUGUGGACUGUGAUGUUUUUGUUCAUGACUCUCUUCACUGUUGUCCUAGCUGUAUUCAUAAGACUCCAACUCCUUCAGGUAUUUGAUUUCAGCAUGUAGUACACAUUUUAUGUAUAAAAAAGAAAUUUUCAACUUUAAAUAAAUGAUUCUUUAGAAGAAGCUUCAUUUAAAACAUGAAGAACAAUUUGAAAGCAAAAUCUGAUUUAAGAAAUGUUUUGCUGAGAAACUGUAAUAUUCCUAUUAAAUUUAUUUGUUCCUGUCACAGAAAUGCCUGAAACUCAAUAGUACUUCAUUCAAUUAACUUUGUCUUCUAUUAUUUUGAGUCAUACUGUUUUAAAAGUCAUUGUGCAUUAUUAUAUUUAAAUUACUUAUAAUGAUUAUAU